AUUAUUACUUUAUACUAAUACAGUAAUUGCCUUUAGAGAUGUUAGCUUUACCUCAAUUCAACCAAUGGAAAAUUGUCACCAUAGUCCAAUUGGUGAUUUUCUUGAUCACUUUUGGUGCUUUUAUUACCAUCACUGUGUUCCAAUAUAGAAAGCACGGUGGGUUAAGAAGAGUCUUAAUGUUCUGUAUCGGAAUCACCAUUUUCCAUACGUUUAAAAUUGUUGGUGCUAUUCUUGGUUUGGUAUUAAUUAAUCAAGAUGAGAUCAACACUAGUUUAUUUAUCCCAACCUACAUUUUCGAUACUAUCAGUUUGGCAAUUAUUACCAAUGCCAUUAAAUCGUUGGUUCAAGUUAUGCUUUUAGACCAACAAAAGCAAAAUAUGCCACCGCCAUCUUACACUCAAAAGGAUAUUGAAAUCGGACAGUAUAACACCUCUUCGAACAAGAAAGAAAAAGUCAAUUUCCGUCCCUUUAGAAUAUUGUCGGUUGUGUUAUUGGCUGCUAUUGUAUUAAACAUUAUUGGUGUCUCGCAAUUGAGUGGUGGUGAUGUCACAAGCACAACUGAAGCAUUGACCAAGGCGUCUUCGGUCUUGUUCUUGGUUGGUGUUUUGUUGUUGAUUGGAACUUUGGUAUUUGUUCAUGCCCUGGGUGAUGAUUUUAAUCUUGUUGCUAAGAUAUUAAUUGCAGCAUUAGUUAUUCUUAUUGUUAGAUGUUCAUACACUAUGGCUUCGGCUUUCAAUGGUCUCGAUUUCGAACAUCCAAAUCAAUUUAUGAUCUAUUUUGGGCAUUUCCAAUAUUACUGCUUUAUGGGAAUGUUGAUGGAGUUAAUUGCUAUCUGCAUAGUCUUGGGUGCAUUUUCAGUUUGGUAGUGUGUUUGCUUUAUAGUGUGUUUGCUUUAUAGUGUGUUUGCUUUAUAGAGUUAGUGUUUGAUUUAUAGGGUUUUGUAUAAUAGAAAUGAAAUGCUAG